AUGAUGGCUACUGUUAAUGGUUUAGCCGAUGACGUGUCAAAUUUGAAUCUAAAUCAGACCGGUGAGGGUUCUAUGCAGCAUGAAACGAAGAAGCAUAGAAGGCCUAACAGGAUAUACCAUAAUUUUGAGAUGGCUGGUCCCAGCUUCGAUCGACAUUCUCCUAGUUCUAGUCAGCAAUCAACUCCUUUGAUGCAACAAUCACAGAUUCCAUACAGCACACCGUUAUCGAAUGACAAUCCGUACCAUCAAGCUGGAACUUCAGCAAAUGGAUUAGGUAUCAAUGGAUUGAGUAUCAAUACCUUAACGCUGUCAGCACCGCAGCCAACUACGACACAUUUUGUCUCGGCUCAAAGAUUGGAAAGUCAACAAACAAUGUUGCGGAGGACAUUUAUGACAUCUAUUGAUUCUGUCCCCCCAUUGAGCACAACACAAUAUUAUGCGGAAGACCAAGGAACAGCUGAUCCAAGAUUAAUGUCGUUGUCAAUGUAUAACGUUCCUAAUGAUGAACAUCUCAGAGCUGCUACCAAACUUCCUGUUGGAGUUACUGUGCAGCCGUUCGCAAAGCUAAUUCCUGUUGAUUCUAUACCAAUUGCAGACGCAACCGCAGAUUCAGAUGGGCCUAUGCGUUGUAGACGUUGCCGUUCUUACGUUAACUCAAGAUACCAAUUUACUUUUGAUUCAAAAAUGAUCUGUAACUUAUGUCACAUAAAGUCAAACGUUCCGGUAAAGCAGGUAUCUCCAUUAGGGCUAAAUGGGUUACGUGCUGAUGCCUAUGAAAGGCCGGAACUUUUGAAGGGAGCAGUCGACUUUUUGGUCCCAUCAAGUUAUAAUAUUUCUCGUGAAAAUGCGCCAGUGCCGUUACAUUAUGUUUUCUUACUAGAUAUAUCGGCUUUCGCCAACGAAAAUAAAAGUUCACUUGCAGCAAUUGAGGGUAUAAGAACCAGUAUCGAAUAUAUGGUUGAGAAUCAACCAAAUUGUAAAGUGGCCAUUAUUGCUUUUGAUGAAUGGAUUCGGUUCUUCAAUAUAAGGGCUGACUUGGAACAAACUCAAGAACACAUAAUCAAUGAUCCCAAAGACAUUUUUUUGCCGAUCAAUAAGGGACUAUUUGCACUACCAUCUGAAGCAAUGCAUGUCAUUCAAGAUGUUUUAGUAAAACUAGAAACGUAUAUCACAGACGAGAGAUUCUUGCACAGAAGUCAAUCAUGUUAUGGUAGCGCGCUUGAGGCAGCAAAAUUAGCACUAGAAGCUGCUACUGACAAUCAAGGUGGUAAGAUUAUAGCCUGUUUGAAUACUUUGCCAACAACUGGUCGUGGUAAUCUGUCUCUAAUGAGAGAUGAUGGAUUGAAAAAGCAUUUGAGAUGUGAAGAUGAGUUUUACAAGAAAUUAGCUCAUGAUUUCUUGAAGUCCUGGAUUGGAAUAGAUCUUUUCGUUACUUCUACAGCAUAUAUCGAUCUUGCAAUAACAUCUUACCCUGUAAUUGCAACCUCUGGGCAUCUACACCACUAUUCGAAUUUCAACAUCAAUAAGGAUGAAUUCAAAUUUGUUAAUGACAUUUUAGGGAGUGUGAAAUGCACAGUCGGGUAUCAAGGUAUGCUAAAAGUGCGUUGUUCCUCCGGACUGUCAGUUUACAACUAUUAUUCGGAGAGUGUAAAGAAUACUGAUGAGGACCCUGUAAUCCCUGUACUCACCAGAGAUCAAAAGUUCGACGUGCUAUUCAAGUACGAUGACACUCUAAAGGUCGGAGAAGAUAUAUGCUUCCAAGCAGCUCUAUUGUAUACUGAUAUCGAUGGUGUACGUAAAGUACGUGCAAUUAAUACUAAUGCAGCUGUCAACUCGAACGUAAUCGAAGUCUUCAAGUUUAUAAACCAAGAUGUGGUGAGUAGCAUAAUGAUCAAAGAUGUGCUAGCCACAUUGGAAGACUGUAAUUUCAAUGAAAUUAGGAAGAACAUUGACCGCAAGAUCAUUGAAAUCUUUACACAAUACAGAGCACUGUGUGGCGGUUCUUCUGGGGGGCAAUUAAUCUUACCAGAUUCUUUGAAAACUUUGCCCAUGUACAUGCUAGCAUUUGAGAAAAGUGAAUUAAUGAAACAGAACAAAUCCAGCUCAAGAGGUAAUGAGAGAUUCUAUGAUUAUUACAAACUUCUCUUCUAUGGAGCUUCGCAACUUUCAUACAAGCUUUAUCCACAGAUUAUCCCAUUGCAUGAUUCCUUGAACGAAGACGAUUUGAGUUUCUACGAUGAUAAAAUGCAACUCUUGCAAUUCAAUAAUAUAGAAACCUUAUCAGUACGUUCUAGUCAUCGGCAAUUGAUAAAUGGUGGCUGUUACCUAAUUUUCCAAGGUGAAUCUUGUUUCCUAUGGAUGAAUGAAAACACAAAUCUUAUGUUAAUACGUGAUUUGUUAUCAUACGAGGGACCAAUCAACCAACUGGAUAUAUUCGGUGGCAGGUUGCCAGAUUUAGACACCGAUAUAAAUAUCAAGGCCCGCAAUGUGAUCAAAAAUUGGAGUCAAAUCAUAAAUAUAGACUAUCUUCCAGUUGUCCCAUUGAGACCUAACGUGGAUCCUUAUUAUUCUCAUGUGAUGAACCAACUGAUGGUUGAGGAUAAAUCCAUCGAGUUGGUCGAAAGCUUUGAUAAUUACUUAAUAGCACUUCACCACGAUAUUAAGGAAAACAUAAAAAAUGAUAAAUAUAUUAAGAUCGGUAAGAGCGCUGAAGAUGGCCAUGAGAACUUUGCCCAGAAAUUCGUCCACUUCUAG